AUGAGGGAACAUGUUUUCAAUGAGCGUCAUGAAAAUGGCAGCUUCACACACCGCCUUCACAGUUACUUAGGUAAACCGAUAAGUAAGUUGAUUGAAUGCUACAGGAAAUCCUCUGGAUUACUGAGAGUCACAGUAAAUGAAGAGUCAAAUAAGAAUGUGAAUAAACAGCCCCUCCACCAUGGCCAGCCAGGGUGGGGUCAGGGUCGUGGCAGAGGCCAGUUGACCUUCAACAUGGAGGCUGUGGGCAUUGGGAAGGGUGACACUUUGCCCCCACCCACUCUCCAGCCCUCUCCACUCUUCCCUCCCUUGGAGUUCCACCCAGUGCCUCUGACAGCAGGAGAGAAAGGGGAGUAUGUCCUGGCACUGAAGCAAGAGCUGCAUGGGACCAUGAGGCAGCUCCCCUACUUCAUCCACCCAGCCGUCCCCAAGAGAGAUGUGGAACGUUACUCAGACAAGUAUCAGAUAUCUGGGCCGAUUGACAAUGCCAUCGAUUGGAACCCUGAUUGGCGGCGACUACCCAGUGAGCUCAAGAUUCGAGUGUGGAAAGUCCAGAAGGAGCGGACCACCAUUAUCCUUUCCAAGAGGCCCCAUAAGAGCACAGACGAUAAGGAGGAGACAAUACAGAAACUAGAGACUCUAGAGAAAAAGGAGGAGGAAGUGACUUCAGAGGAAGAUGAAGAGAAAGAAGAAGAGGAGGAGAAGGAAGAGGGGGAGGAAGAGGAGUACGAUGAAGAGGAGCAUGAGGAAACUGAUUACAUCGUUUCAUAUUUUGACAAUGGAGAGGACUUUGGAGGGGACAGCGAUGACAAUAUGGAUGAGGUCAUAUACUGA